ACAGUAUAAAAGGAUGCGUCCGGCACAAUCUCUGAAAUAGCAUCCGAAUCUGGAAAAAAUAUUCUUUCUGCCAUCCAUGAACAUUUCAAUGCUUUCACUUCAAUGGCUUCUAAUGAUCUUCAUACUUGUAUCCAACUCUGUCACUGCAGCCACAAGCUCCAGGAUUCCAAGGCUCAGUCCAGUCAGAGGAAAUACUUUUCUGGACCCUGAAAUUUUCCCAGCUCCUGUUUCGGAGGACUUUCAGACCUUCUUUUACACUCAAACACUUGAUCACUUUAACUAUAAACCUGAAAGCUACGCCACUUUCCAACAACGAUAUGUAGUUAAUUUCAAGUACUGGGCUGGUGCCAAUUCUAAUGCUCCAAUAUUUGUUUAUCUUGGAGCUGAAGCACCCUUGGACGGCGAUUUAGAAAUUAUCGGAUUCCUCCCGGAAAAUGCCCUGCGGUUUAAAUCUCUCCUUGUAUAUAUUGAGCAUCGUUACUAUGGGAAAUCAGUCCCUUUUGCGUCGAGAGAAGCAGCCCUGAAGAAUGCUAGCACUCUGGGGUACUUCAAUUCAGCUCAAGCUAUUGCAGACUAUGCAGAAAUUAUCAUACAUAUUAAGAACAAAUAUCAAGCCCAAGAUUCGCCGGUAAUUGUCGUUGGAGCAUCAUAUGGAGGAAUGCUUGCUUCCUGGUUUCGGCUGAAAUAUCCUCACGUUACUCUCGGAGCCUUGGCCUCCUCGGCGCCAAUCCUGUAUUUUGAUGACAUAACGCCGCAGAAUGGAUAUUAUUCUGUUGUGACCAGGGAUUUCAGAGAAGUUAGUGAAACUUGCUACCGAACCAUUCUCAAGUCGUGGUCUGAGAUCGAUAAAGUUGCUUUGAUGCCGAAUGGUCUUCGAAUUCUCAGUGAGAAAUUCAAAACUUGCCGACCCUUGAGCAAUUCUUCAGAGCUGAAGGAUUACUUGGAUCAUAUGUAUAGCAGCGCAGCUCAAUAUAAUGAUCCGCCAGAAUAUCCAGUUACCAUGGUAUGUGGGGGCAUCGAUGGGCCGCCUCCUGAAACUGAUUUACUUGGAAAAAUAUUUGCAGGUGUUGUUGGUUUAAGAGGAAACAGAUCUUGCUACGUUAAUGGUCCCAAAUAUAUAUCUGAAACAACUCUGGGUUGGCGAUGGCAGACAUGUAGCGAAAUGGUGAUUCCGAUAGGCAGAGACAAUACUACAAUGUUCCCACCUUCCCCUUUCAAUCUAAGCAGCGUCAUUGAGGAAUGCAAUCAAAUUUAUGGCGUCCCUCCUCGGCCCCAUUGGGUUACAUCUUAUUAUGGUGGCCAUGAUAUAAAACUGAUUCUCGAAAGAUUUUCCAGCAACAUAAUUUUCUCCAAUGGACUGAGAGAUCCCUACAGUAGUGGCGGGGUGCUGGAAGACAUAUCAGACAGUGUUGUCGCAGUUCAUACGAUCAAUGGUUCUCACUGCUUGGAUAUACUUCCAGCUAAUGCCAGCACUGAUCCAGAUUGGCUUGUGAAGCAGCGUGGAAUUGAGGUAGAGAUUAUUGAAGGAUGGAUAGCCAAGUACAAUGCGGAUCUCCACAGAUUUAAGCAGAAAAUAUAAUAAUGAAAGCAGGAAUGUGUAUUGGGAAUCAAAGCAAAAAAUUAUGUAUUAGUUCAAAGGAUUUAAUGGUAUCUAAAUUUUAUA